AUGGCCCUGGUAUCCUGCAUGGCCCCUGGUAUCCUGCAUGCCCCUGGUAUCCUGCAUGGCCCCUGGUAUCCUGCAUGGCCCUGUACCUGCAUGGCCCUGGUAUCCUGCAUGGCCCCUGGUAUCCUCUUGGCCCCUGACAGCUCAAGGCGCAAUCCUGAACACGGCCUUUGGUCCACUUUCCAGGUGCUCCAUCAUCGCGGCAGAAUGGAGUCUUCCUCAGAUGAAGAGGAGGUGCACACCUUUGUUCAGGUCAUCAGUGACAAGUACAACCCGGACAACUUCCCCUACUCCAGAGGCCAAGGCCUUGGCAUCGUCAUGCUGCCCACGCCACCUGGCUCGCCCAGCAAGGAUCGACUGUUCCUACCCAGUGUUCUGGUGCUCAACUAUUGCAGUAUCAGUAAGGCCGGACAGGGCUCAGACAUUGCCGCCUUCUGUGCCCAUGUGGUGGAGCUGGACCUGUCCUACAACCAGCUGCAGGACUGGGGAGAGAUCUUCACAAUUGUGUCCAACAUCCCGCACUUGGACUUCCUGAACCUGAGCAUGAACCCUCUGUGUGGGGCCGUGCUGGAGCCUCCUCUGGCUGAGUGUUUCUCCAGGGUGCGCAGGAUGGUGCUCAUCAACACUCACAUCAGCUGGAGUACGGUGCACACGCUCACAAGACACAUGCCAGAGCUGGAGGAGCUGUUCUUGUGCCUAAACGACUUCAGUGUGGUGGAGCACUCGGGGUGUGCCUGUCCUUCUCUCCGCCUGCUGCAAAUCACAGAGAACAGACUGCAGCUCUGGGCCCAGGUUCGCAAGCUGGGGCUCCUGUACCCUGCCCUGACCACCCUGGUGCUGGCCAACAACUGCCUACUCACAGUGGACGACCAGGAGGAGGCGAUGCAGAGGCUGUUCCCCUGCCUGCGCAGCAUCAACCUCAACCAUUCAGGGCUGAGCAAAUGGGAGGACAUUGAGCAUCUGAAUUUCCUCCCAAACCUGGUGGAGGUGAAGGCCAGAGGCAUUCCCCUGCUGCAGCCCUUCUCCAGUCAGGAGCGCCGGAGCCUGCUGCUGGCACAGCUUCCCUCAGUGCUGCUGCUCAACGGUAGUGCGGUGUCGGAGGGAGAGCGUGAGGAUGCAGAGAGGUUCUUCAUCAGAUACUACCAGGAGAGAGGGCAUGAGCUUCCUCAGAGGUACCACAUGCUAGUGUCCAAGUAUGGCGAGUUGGCCCCUUUGGCUGAGGUGGAUCUGAGGCCGCACUGCACCACGGUGGAGGUCCUGUGGGGAGAGCGUGUUGAGACACUGGGUCUGCGUCUGGAGCAGACUGUGGGGGACCUGAAGAGGCAGCUCCGAGGCCUACUGCAGCUGACCGGACACGGGGUGCGUCUCUUCUACAUAAACCGUGACAUGUGUGCCGUGCUAGGCCCAGAGGAGAUGAAGUGUGGCAGCCGCGCCCUGCACUCCUACAGCAUCCGGGAUGGGGACCAGAUCCUGGUGGUGCCCCGGGACAAGAGCCGCUGCUCUUCUUCCACGCAGUAA